AUGUUGAGGGCCAGAAGCUUCACCAGCAUAUUGGGGCGCACACCCCGUAUUCCAUGCCGUAACUUGGCCACGAGCCGUGUGUUGGCAGCUGCUACCGGAGAACAGGAGCGCAAACCGUUUGUAAAUGCCCUCGGAAAAGAUGUUCAAAGGUACUCGGACGAGCCAGGAACUUUUGGAAAAACCACUUUUACCGAAGUAAUGGACGAGGUUGAUAUGACUUGGGGCCGCGACGAUGAUCCUAAGCACGUAGACAAGCAAAACACCAAGAUUCGUCACUUUACCAUCAAUUUUGGUCCACAACAUCCUGCCGCUCACGGUGUGUUGAGAUUGAUUUUGGAAUUACACGGUGAAGAAAUUGUACGUUCUGAUCCUCAUGUGGGACUUUUGCAUCGAGGAACUGAGAAAUUGAUCGAAUCCAAGACGUAUAUGCAAGCAUUGCCUUAUUUCGAUCGGUUGGAUUAUGUUUCUAUGAUGACCAACGAGUUGGUUUUCGCAUUGGCAGUGGAAAAAUUGUUGAAUGUAGAGGUACCAUUGAGAGCCAAGUAUAUCCGUACUUUGUUCGGUGAGAUCACCAGGGUGUUGAACCACUGUAUGUCGGUGCUUUCACAUAUUAUGGAUGUCGGUGGUUUGACGCCGUUUUUGUGGGGUUUCGAAGAGAGAGAAAAAUUGAUGGAAUUUUAUGAACGGGUUUCGGGUGCCCGUUUGCACAGUGCCUAUGUGCGUCCUGGAGGAGUGGCGCAGGACUUGCCCGCCGGCUUGUUGGACGAUAUCUAUAUGUGGGCUACUCAAUUUGGUGACAGAAUCGAUGAAGUUGAAGAAUUGGUCACCGAUAACAGAAUUUGGCAGGCACGUACCAAAGAUGUUGGUGUGGUCAGUGCUGAAGAUGCUCUCAACUACUCGUUAUCGGGAGUGAUGUUGCGUGGAUCUGGUAUCGCCUACGAUAUUAGAAAAGCCCAACCUUAUGACGCAUACGAAUUGGUGGAUUUUGACAUUCCUGUAGGACAAAAUGGUGACUGUUAUGACAGAUACCUUAUUAGAAUGGCCGAGUUCAGACAAUCGUUGCGGAUCAUCGAACAAUGUAUCAAUGAUAUGCCCGAGGGGCCAGUCAAGGUUGAAGAUUUCAAGAUUUCUCCACCAGCUCGUCAAGUAAUGAAGGAAGAUAUGGAGGCAUUGAUUCACCAUUUCUUGUUGUUUACCAAGGGAUACGCUGUUCCUCCUGGUGAGACUUACACUGCCAUCGAAGCACCCAAGGGUGAAAUGGCAGUUUAUGUUGUGUCGGACGGAAGUGAGAGACCUUAUAGAUGUAAGAUUAGAGCUCCUGGAUUUGCCCAUCUUGGAGCAUUUGAUCACAUUUCUCGUGGAAAUUUGUUGGCCGAUGCCGUUGCCAUCAUUGGUACUAUGGAUCUCGUGUUUGGAGAGGUUGAUCGUUAG